UGGAAAGGAAGCAAUAGCAUAAGACAGAUGAGGGAAAAUUUCAAAAAGAAGUUCCCGUGGAUACUGGUCGAUGAACAAGGUAAGGAAAAAACUGUCACCCAAUCGUCGGACUUGAAACAAGUACCCGAUGUGGACGGUGCUCUCGUCGAGGGUACCGUAGCUACUGGGAUUACCGAUAGCAAACGGCGGGAUAAAAAGUCUGCGAGUAAGAAGAAUCCGAAAGGAGCCAAUGUUGAAAGGACGAUCGAGGAGAAAGUAAAAGGUGUGAACAGAAUAGAAAUAUCGGAGAUGACGAAACGAUUCCCGGACAAAUCGCAGCUGGGAAAGAAAGUGAACGAGAUCGCGAGAGAACGAAAAAGGCAACGGACGACUUACCUCGGGCACACUCAGCCCUAUGACUGGGUAUAUACCCUGCAUGCCGUUAACAAAUUAAACGAUAUCGCGCGUGUGAACUUUCCCAUAGUAAGGAAGUUCACAUCCUAUAGACAGUUGUAAUGCAACGAAGAAACGUUUGCAGAAUUUGCUGUACGAGUAUACAAAGGAAACCGCGUCUCUGGAUUCGAACGUCUAACCAUUUGGACAGAGGGGUAGACAAAUGAAACCUCGUACAUUACAUAAAAAUGAACGAUUUAUUGAACAAUUCGUUUCUUGUUACUCCCAUUUUUCAACAAUUCCUGGAUUUCCGCGAACGAUUUUUGUUUGGUCUCCGGCAUAAUCACGAUCACCGUUAUGGCAACAAUUAACUCCAUCACGGCGAGGGUUAAAUAUACAACGUGAUAUCCCCAACCAUCGACCAUCAACUGAAAAAUCUUGGUAACAAGCAUGCCUAGAACAGAGC